AAACUGAAUUUCCAGUGCAGUCGGAGAAGAAGCCCAGAAGAAAGUCAUCCAGACAUCUCCCGAUCUGGAUGCAGGCCCGCCGCCCCUGGGCUGGUAUUUUGCCGUCUUUUCGCGUUACGGCGGAUCUCCCGUGAAAAGUUGGUAUUGGUGGGUCCCUCGCCAUUGGCCGGGAGGCUUCCUUCCAAUACGGAACGGCGUCCCGACUUGCGCGAAUCUUACGGCAGAUUCCGUUUACAUACACACGACUUGAUGCCUUCUUUAUUCUGA